AUCAAAUUCAAAGAUUUAAUUCUUUGUUCAAAUUUUUCUUUUCUUUAUUUCUUUUUCAUUGUUACUUUAUACAGUACAAUGGAUGACUAUUCAAUGAAUCAAUUGUCACUCUAUGAAGAUUUAGCAGAUAUAGAACAUAUUACAGAGGAAAGUUUUAUUACAGCACUUCGAGAACGAUUUCUACAAAACCAGAUCUACACUCGCAUUGGAAAUUCUUUGUUACUUGCUAUUAAUCCUUAUAAAGAUUGUCGUGAAGAAAUUGAACAAACAAGCGAAAAUUAUUUAACCGAAUACAAAACUACAGAUGGUCGACAUGAGAAACUCCCGGCACAUAUUUUUCAACAUACAAAUCAAGCCUAUUUUCAUAUGCGCCGUACUGGAAAUAACCAGUCUAUAAUUCUGAGUGGUUUAUGUGGAAGUGGAAAAUCAGAAAUGCAUCAAUGGAUCUUGUACCACCUCGUUACUCUUAGCAGUACAAAAAAACCUUCAAAAAUACAACAGAUGGUUCAAAAGGCCUAUAGUGCUUUAGAAGCAUUUCUACAUGCCAAGAAUACAGUGAAUGAAAAUGCAUCGUGUGCAGGAAAAUAUCUUUCCUUACAAUUUAAUGAACGUGGGCGAAUGACGGGUGCCAAAUUCUCAAACUUUAUGCUAGAAAAAUCACGCAUAGCACAUACGUCGGGUGAUGAACGAAACUUUCAUAUAUUUUACUAUGUCUUAUUUGGCUCCUCCAAUGAAGAAAAGACUGAGCUCUACCUAAACGAGACACCGAAUUAUCCCUAUUUGUUUCGAACCAAGGAGGCAUCGCGCUUAGCCAGUGGACUUGCGACCGAAUAUACUGAAAAAUACGACGAGCUAAAAACACUUUUGAAAUCACUGGGUAUCGGCAGAUCUACUCUACUGCAAAUAACACAAAUCAUUGCUGCUAUUUUGCAUUUAGGCAAUAUACAAUUUGCAGACGAUGUGACAAACGCUCAGGAUUCUGCUAUUGUCAAAAAUAUGAACGAACUAGACAUUGUUGCUGAUUUACUUGGUGUCGAAUCAAAAGCAUUGGAAACCUGUCUAACUUACCAAACCAAACUAAUCAAGCGAGACCUCACCACCAUUUUCUUGAAUUCAGAACAAGCAGCAUUGCAACGUGAUGCUUUAGCAGAAACACUGUACACACUCUUGGUUGCAUGGUUAACGGAUGUAUUCAACAAGAAACUCUACAAAAGCGAAUUUCAAAACUUUAUUGGUAUUGUCGAUUUUCCAGGCGUUUCGCUUGACCAGCAGAACGGUUCCUAUGCUCAAUUCUGCACCUCCUAUGCAAACGAAAAGCUUUACAGCUACAUGAUGAACGACAUUUUUGAAAAGAACAUACAACUAUAUUCUGUGUUUGACCGAGCUGCUCCAAGCUCAGCUGAUUUUGUUGACUCGAUUGAGUUCUUAGAUGACCCUUUGCAUGGACUCAUUGCAUCUUUUUCUGAAGCCACAGAAGAAAAUGUAGCCAACAAGUCUUUUAUGAAUACAUACAACCAACAUCUUCAAAAGAAUCCUCAGCCUAAAAUAGCUUUUGGCCAAAAUGGAUCUGUGUUUACCAUUCAGCAUUUUACUGGACUUGUCACUUAUUCAUCUACUGAAUUAGCCAAUGGGUCUAUAGACAAAGUCAGUGCAGAUUUUGUUUCGCUUUUUAGUGCCCGAAAUGCUUCUGAACAGGAUCGGUCGAGUAGUCAUUUGCUUAAAAAGAUUUUCUCUCCAAAAUUUGUCGCGAAAGUUGAAAAUACCACCACAGAAUCUGUUCCUGACUCACAAAAUAACACAACAGAUCCAAGCUCAACCAACAACAAUCGAAUGAAGCAGUUUAAGCAAGACAUUUCUACACUUAUGGAUACAAUUAACACAACAAAGACUUGGUUUGUCAUCUGUCUUCGAUCUAACGAUUUGUUACUUCCAAAUUCAUGCGAUGCCAAAAAAUUAGCAGUUCAGUCCAAGCUAUUUAAACUACUACCACUCGUCAACCGAGCCAAAUUUGAAUAUACAAUUCAAAUGGAUUUACAAGAAUUUUGUGAUCGUUAUGUUGAUAUUAUUCAUGCAACUUCUGUAGAUUUGGAUGCAGAGCUUAGAGACAAAUGGCUUGCUUUGAGAGAUGCGUUUGAUUGGAAUGAUUAUAUGAUGGCUGAAUAUGAAGAAAAGGUCUACUUAAAGGGGAUUGGUUGGGUCAUAUUAGAAAACAAGCUUCGUGCUAUUGAAAAAAGAGAGCAAAGAAGAGCUAGGUGUAUAGCAAAAGGCAUCCCAUUUGAUGAAGAAGAUGGUUAUCAAGAAAGUAUUCAAUUCCCUCCUUCUACUUUCAGGUCAAUGACUGAAAUGGACUCAGUCUAUUCAGAAGAUUGUUAUGAUGGUUGUUAUCAAGAAGAAACGGGAUCUGUCUGUUCCAAUCAAUGCGAAAGUAUACUUCAAACCACAGUUACGCUUGCUAGUGACGACGAUAAGUCGCGCUAUCGCUUCUCCUAUGAAGAUGACAAUGAAGUGUACUCAGCGCGUAGUAUGCAUAGAAGACAACAAGAAUCAAGAGCUAUUCAAGAAAAAGAUCAAGCUGAAGACAAGCCAAAAACAACAAAGGCAAGGGGCUGCUGGUUAAUCAUGACUUGGAUUAUGACUUGGUGGGUUCCUAGUUUCUUCUUACAACGUAUGUGCGGUAUGAAAAGAGCUGAUAUUCGUAUGGCAUGGCGAGAAAAGCUGACACUCUGUUGCUUGAUUUUUCUACUUUGUGGUGUCAUGAUAUGGUUUAUUGCAUUUUUUGGUCAACUUGUCUGUCCUCAUAUUGAUCUCUAUACCCAGUCUGAACUACAGGCAAAAAACGACAAGGACAAUGCCUAUAUUGCUAUUCGAGGCGAAGUGUUUGACCUUACUUCGUUUGCACCUCGUCAUUGGGCCUCAGAAGUCAUUCCUUCCAAUGCACUUUUUCAAUAUGCUGGUCAAGAUGCAAGCGACUUGUUUCCUGUGCAAGUAUCUGCGCUAUGUGAUGGUAUUGAUGGUACAGUUCCUAGAGAAGUUACUCUUGAUGCCCAUAUCAACAUUACAGACUCAAAUGCUGUCUAUCAUGAUUUCAGAAGUUUUCGAGAAGACUAUCGCCCUGAUUGGUACUUUGAGCAGAUGGUCUAUCUCAGACGCAAUUAUCGUCUCGGUUUUAUGGGAUAUGAUCCAGUAGAUAUCAAAAACCAAGCAUCCUACCCUGUUCAAAUAGGCGGCAUUAACCGACAGCGUCUUUGGGCUAUUAUUCAUGAAAAUGUAUAUGACUUGACUUCGUACAUGAUGGGUGGUCGUAGUCCCCGUGUUGCAGAGGGGCAACCUAUGCCACUCAACAUCAACAUGGACUUUAUCGAUAACUCGAUUACAGAACUAUUUCGACAAUUGGCUGGUACAGAUAUCUCUGCCCAUUUUGAUUCACUUCCUCUAGACAAGACUGUGAGAGAGCGCCAACUCAUUUGUUUGCGAAACUUGUUCCUUGUAGGUAAGGUGGACACACGUAAUUCAACACAGUGUAUGUUCUCCGAGUAUCUUUUGCUUUUGAUCACUGGUUUCUUGUGCAGCGUUAUUCUGUUCAAGUUUUUAGCUGCCUUAAGAUUGGGUGUGCAACGUGUGCCUGAAGAAUACGACAAGUUUAUUAUAUGCCAAGUGCCAUGUUAUACAGAAGGAGAAGACUCUUUGAGAAAGACGAUCAAUUCUCUGGCUGCGCUUAAAUACGAUGAUAAACGAAAGCUCAUGUUUUUGAUUGCAGACGGCAUGAUUGUUGGUAGUGGGAAUGACCGUUCAACCCCACGUAUUGUUUUAGACAUUUUGGGAGUCAAUCCUAAUAUUGAUCCGCCAGCAAGAUCCUUCUUAUCUUUAGGUGAAGGCCGAAAGCAACACAAUAUGGGCAAAGUAUAUUCUGGCCUUUAUGAAUACUCUGGACAUGUUGUUCCUUAUAUUGUAAUUGUCAAAUGUGGUACUCCAGAAGAACGACAAAAGCCUGGUAAUCGUGGCAAGCGAGAUUCUCAAAUGGUCUUGAUGCGGUUUCUUAAUAAGGUGCAUUUCGAUUCACCUAUGACACCUAUGGAACUCGAAAUCCAUCAUCAACUUAAGAAUGUGAUUGGUGUUAAUCCUGCUUUUUAUGAGUUCGUACUUAUGGUGGACGCUGAUACAGAAGUACUUGCUGAAUCUCUGAAUCGAAUGGUCUCUUGUUUUGUCAAUGACGCCAAAAUUGUGGGUCUUUGUGGUGAGACCAUGUUGUCAAACGAAAAAGAUACUUGGAUUACAAUGAUACAGGUGUACGAAUAUUAUAUUUCACAUCAUUUAGCCAAAGCAUUUGAGUCUUUGUUUGGUUCAGUCACUUGUUUACCCGGUUGUUUCUGCAUGUAUCGUAUUCGCUCCACGACACGUAACCAACCUCUGCUUGCAUCAAACCAAGUGAUUAAAGAUUAUGCUGAAAACCGAGUUGAUACACUCCACAAAAAGAACUUAUUGCAUUUGGGUGAAGAUCGAUACCUUACCACACUGAUUUUGAAGCACUUUCCUUCUUAUAAGACCAAAUUUACACCCGAUGCAGCUUGUAUGACAAAUGCGCCCGACCAAUGGCCUGUAUUGCUCUCGCAGCGUCGUAGAUGGAUUAAUUCGACUGUACAUAACCUUGGUGAACUCAUGUUUCUACCUCAGCUAUGUGGUUUCUGCUGCUUUUCGAUGCGAUUUGUAGUCAUGUUGGACUUGCUGAGUACGCUAGUCAUGCCAGCCGUUGUUCUUUAUUUAGGUUAUCUUGUUUAUCAAUUGUUUACAAACACAAAUCAAGUACCUCUGAUGUCGAUCAUAACAUUAGCGGGCGUGUACGGUCUUCAAGCGAUUAUUUUUAUCUUACGUAGAAAGUGGGAGCAUAUUGGUUGGAUGAUUGUGUAUAUCUUGGCCAUUCCUGUUUUUUCAUUUUUGAUCCCUCUCUAUGCCUUUUGGCACUUUGAUGAUUUCUCAUGGGGUACAACCCGUAUUGUUGUUGGAGAGAAGGGGCAGAAGCGAGCCGUGGGCCCUGAAGAAGGCUUUUUUGAUCCCAAUGAAAUUCCGACCAAAUGCUGGUCUGAAUAUGAGCAAGAAAUGAUGGGUGAAUGGGAGGAUGAACAUCACUCAAAACAAGAUGAAUAUACUGAUUACAUUCCGCCUGAUUAUCCACACAAAGCCCACUCGAAUUACUCGCAUUCCAUUACUGCGCUUAGUUUACCACCUGAAAGAAUGGCCUUUUCUGUGCAAGAAGAUAUGGCUUCAAGAGGAGGUGGGUCUAUUCACUCUUACCAUUAUGCAAGCAAUAAGGGAGUUCCCAACGGAACAGGCAGCUUUUAUUCGACUCAAAAAUCUUCCACUGUAAAAGAAUCUAAUCCGUCUUUCAACAUACCCAGUGAUGCUAUUAUUAUUCAAGAAAUCGAAAGAAUCUUGGACCAUCAUGACUUGAUGAAGCUCACAAAAAAGCAAGUGCGUGAUAUGUUGUCUAGUACUUUUGGAGUGGAUAUGACUUGCAAAAAAGAGUUUAUCAAUCGUUGCAUUGAUCAAUCUUUGUCUGUCAGACUAUAAUUGUAUAAACAUACUUGAAUUAAUUUUAAUUAUGUAUGCGAAUACAUUUCUCUUAACUUUAAAGUUUGAAAACGAUUGCAUAUUUGUUAAGAAAUGGC